ACCAAAGCCAUUUACUUUGAGCUGGAAACUCAUAUGAGCAAGUCACGGUCGGUGUGGAUUCUUUAAGCAAUUACAGAGUUUGGCAGUGUUAAAGUGGGUAAGAUUUCUUUUCAGCCCCAUACAUUUAUUCAAUUCACGGCAGUAAGUAAGUAAGCUUAUUAAACAAGCGCCAUAUUUAUGAGGUAUCAUCCACCCUCCAGCACCCUCGUCGCAAUGAUCGGCGUUAUCGCUUUUGCUUUUCAUAAAUCCCCCCAUUAACCGUACAUUUUAUGAAAUCUUAAUAGUGCCAGAUUAUUCGCUUAUUCCUUUUAAAAAAUCAAAAUAUUAACGCGAUUCAGAAAUGAUCAUAAGAAGCUUUUUGUGAAAGUGCUGGAAAGUGGGUGCUACUGUAAAUUUAAGUCCAGGCCAGCCAAAAAUAAACGGAAGAAGCCAAUUAAGAUCACAUUCGCUUCUUAACACGUUUGACUAAAAAAUCGGGUCUCAGAUGUUUUCCAAGUGCGUUUGUUCUUUUGUUAUAAGCAGUUGAAAUUAGGGAUAGCAAAUUAUUAGAACUAUAUCUUUGAAAAAAUACUCUAACUUGAAAACGAAAGAAGAAAUCAAAACUCGCAGACAAAGUUUUUUAGACAGUAAGUUGGCCAAAUUUCAGCCAAACUGGUUCACUGGUUGCCGACUUGGAGUUUAAAAUGUACUCUCAACUUGCCGUGAUUUUCAUUUUGAGAAAACAGAGGGAAAAGCAUCUUGGCGGCGUAUAUAACACCAAAUCUGUCAAUGUUGAUGCAUACCAGGGAGGGACAACAAUAGUGACACAGCAGGAAAAGGUUACAAACGAAACCUGACAACAGAUGAACAAUUUAUUUCAAAGGCUUUGCUCUGUUCGAUCCUUUCUGUCGUUGAGGAAGCAUCAUUAGUUAUUUGCGACAGGCAGUUUUGAUUUUUCACCGGACAAGCCAAGUUGAGCCAAGCCCACUUUUACUGUAUACAUUUUUUAAAAGUUUGACACUUCUCUGGCAAAAUCGACAACAUACCGCUUCCUCGAGUUUUCUUAAAGCUUCUCUCCCACUACACAGGUUAGCCUCCUAAGUUUUAAACAUGUUUAACUAUAAUCAUGAAACCUCCGAGACACUUGGGCUGUUAUCCAUAAAGUAAAAUACAUUGAAUGCUCUGCCUUCUAAGUUUUAAACACGUUUAACCAUAAUGAAUACUCUGAGACACUUGGGCUGUUAUCCAUAAAGUAAAAUACAUCGAAGGCUCUGCAAUAUAGUGCUGUUUUCCCAGGUUUUGCCCCUCUUGCUUUACUCUCUAAUUUCCUAUGCUUGGCCUACUCUAAUCACCGGCAUUCUAGUCCAUCAAUUAUUUGGCUUCUCUGGGGAAACUAACAAUUAUCAGAAAAAGGGCAAAAGUGCCUAUUGCAGUCAUCAUUAGAUUUGCUUCCUGUCUGUAUUUUAUUGCUUCGCAUGUGCAUCGGUUUGUACGGGUAUCGGUACAUACACCAUUGACUUGAUUGAGAAGACCUUGGGCAUGUUAAGAAACACCACUAAUAGGAAGUUUUAGCAUUAAAUUUAGGUGCAAACCUUAAGAGGGCAUUUCCCCCAUCUGAAAAGUUUAUUUUGAGAUGCUAUGAAAUGCUAUUUACAGGUUGCAUCCAGCAACAUAUGUUGUAAACUUACCAAGGCAUUUUAAAGAAUAUUUUUUAUUUACACAAUGAACCGUAUGUUUUGAAGAUCUUGUCAAUUCACUGGUUAAAAACCAAACUUCUUUUGCAUUUUUAUAAUAUUGCUUUGAUCUCCAAGAAAGUUUCAUCUUUUCGGCAGGAGGCAGGAGCUAGCAUGUACGCGUAUUCUCGUUGAUUGUAUUGCAUGCGGUGCAUGUGGCUAAAUGUUGCUCUGCAUGCGCAAGAUCUCGUUGAGUUCUGUCAUACUCUGCAGACUUGUUCAGAACCACUAUUUAAUUAAUUUUGACAUCCUUCAAAGCAAGCAAUUAUUAGUAUCAAUAUAAGAAGGAGGUAAAAUACAGGAGGCAAAAUAAUAUUUUAAACUGACCUGCGAACAUCAACAGAAGUGUUUGAUUAAAUUUCUUCUUCUGCAAUGCAUCAAAUAAAGAGAACAACUAAUUUGGCUACAACCUUGGUCAAAAAAACUUGAAAUACUUCCGUUUUUUAGGCAUGCGCUGUGCAAUCCCUUCACUGCUUGCAGUUUUGUUAGAGGGUGCAGUUUGGGAAAGCUUGAGAAGGGGAGGGCAGGGGAAAUUGACUGAGUGUCCCUAUUAUUUUAUACCUGUCGACUUUUUCUGAGUCAAAUGUGUGAGAUAUUCAUCUUGUCAUGACUGGGAAUUCUGGAAUUCAAAAUGUCCCAGUGACUUUGAAGAUUUCUGACAAUUUUCUGAAGAGUUCUGAACAUUGCCAAAAAUGUCUGAAGAUGUUCCAGUGAACUUUCAGAGCUUCCAAAGCUAUUUAAAAGUGACAAUUUUAGCUUGUUUUGAUCUCGUCAUGGUACAAAGUCAUUAUUCAGUGCGCUCAUUCACUGCAGGUAUUCUAUUUUUUCCGGGGUUGUAGAUAAUAAUAGCAUUCGCACCCAGAAGUACAGGUCCAUGCAACUCCUCAUAGUGACAGAGUAAUAAAUAACAGGAAAAAAACUUGACAAAAUAGUCCAAUUGGUCUAGCAGAAAGUGUGGAGAAGCACCACAGUUACAUGUAUAGAACCAAAAAAGAAUAGCUAACAUAUCAGAUUAUAUUUACAAGAGCGUUGGCUUAUGUGGGGCACCAUUUCUUGUUUCUUAUACCAAUUGUCAGUUGUCACUUUAGUUCAUAAAACUUAAAUGUUCAUCUCUCUAUCCCUCACAGAUAAUGCUUAGUGAAAGAAUGGCCUAAAAGAAUUUAUCCAACAAGAAUUAAAAUUAAAGGUAAAUGACCUAUAAAUUAUAGUUUAGUGGUGACCUUGAUAUAACAGAGGUUAAAAUGUAUGCAAAUUCGGUCAGUAAAAUGUAGACCGCCGACCAGGUACAAAAAUUAGAAUGCAGACUGAGGUCAAAACAGCUGAAAAAACAAAAAUCCUUCUACAUAAGUAUUAAAUAUUAUUAUUAUUAUUAUUAUUAUUAUUAUUACAUGUACCCUGUUUAUCUGAGUGCAUGGUCUACAGAAAAAUUGUAGACAAACUAUUUGUCACAUGUCCUGGUUGACCGCAACUACUCUUUCAGCCACAGAAACAGCAAAAUCUUCUCUUUUCAUUCUUUGCUGAUUUUAGAAAAGCUUUUGAUCGUAUACCGCGACAGAACUAUUUGAUGACCUGAGAAAAGAAGGUGUUCAACGGUGUUUCUUAGAAGCACAUGUGUGAGUGGAUACAGGACCCAAACAUUUAGUACUUUAAGCUAAAUUGACUAUAGUUUGCAAAUGAGGGUAAAACACCAUAAGAAAAUUAGAAAUUAGGCUGUCAUUUCAAAUAACUACUGAAAAUACAGGGCACCCAUUUAUAACAGCUUCAGCUCAUGGGUUUACCCUGGUUAAAUAUGUUAUUAUUAUUAUUAUUAUUAUUAUUAUUAUUAUUAUUAUUAAAUAAAAAACAGUAGAAAACAGGAAAAAAGAGAAAGAAAAGUCAAUAUAGAACAUACAACAGAGUACCAAAAAUCAUGUGGCCCAACACUGUAUCUUUUCCUUUCUGUUUUUUGUUGGUUGCAUGACAUUAUUAACUUUUAUUUUGGCGUGUUUGAAGAUAAACCCUGCAUUCUCACAGUUUGUUACUAAGAGUUGUUUUAAACUAUAUUUUUUGUCACAGUCCAGGCUUUUUGUACCUAGCAAAUAAGUACUACAUGUAUGCACACUGCAUUUUGUACCCUGUUUGUAGUCUGUGGUCUGCAUUUUGUUCUGACCAUAAAAAUUAGUCAAGAGUAUAGCUGAAUACAGUUUGAUAUAUUGUAGGUUGUGGAUUGUUUCCUUUUAUUAGGUUGUUAAGUAAGACUCUUUUCAGGUAUAAAGUUCAAAUUUGGCUAAGGUGACAUAAUUUGAAAUAAAUUUAUGACAUGACAUUCAUUAGAGUAAAAAUGAGGUUUGGGUUGUUGCCAUGGUAACAUGGAUGGUUGAAAACAAGCCUAAAAUUUUGAGUUUGUAACCCUCAUUUCUUAACCAAAUUGUAACAAACAGUUUUUUGAAAUUUUAAAGAAAAUAGCUUUCUCGAGAAACUUGACUGUGUCACCACACUUCUUUCUUUGUUCAAAAUUUAUUUUAAGGCUUUCAUUGAUUCAGGAGUGCAAUAUAAAAAGUUUGUCAAAUUUUAAGGAGUUGAUUACAAGGUAUUGUUUUUUUACAUUGUCUGUGAAAGUUGGCAGAACAAACGCUCUCACAUUGCUUCCAAAAAUUAGUACUUUGUGUUCUUUCAAUUUGGGUAGACUGCUAAAAUAGCCAGGGGUUAAUUAGGGCUAGAAGAUAAGGCAUAACUAAGUUUAUGUGAAAUAAUACUGAUAUUAAAAAUGUAGCAAGAAAUGUUUACUUCUUCUAGCCUCCCCGCAGACUUCUUUUGGGGUAACGAAUGUGUGACGAUUCAACCCCAAAGGAAGUCUGCGGGAACUGGCUAUACUUAUUCUGGUCAAAGAGUAUUUCAGUAAAUCGUAUUCACAGUUACUUUUUAAGUGAGUUCAUUGUCUUACUUUGAUAAAUUUUCUUCUUGGUUUACUUCAUGUAGAUAAGAGAAGACGCUGAACUGACACAAAGUGAGGACACAAAACUAAGAUAUUUAAAAUGUAAGUGCAGACUUGAGUGCUUGGGUUACAACCAAAAGAAAUAAAACCUUCCCCCAUCUUUCUCUCGGCAUACUUGACAUUUACCUUAAAACUUAUACCUAAUUGAAAUGACUAUUUUGACAGAGAAAGUUCCCAAAAUCUUGGCAAAAUGGCUCCUACCUUUGGUAGUUACUCUUUUGUUUUUUGCUUUUUACAGUUUGGUGUUUAAAAUAUUGGAUUAAUGUAUAUCAACUCGUGAAGAUAAUUGACUGAAAGACUCAAUGCAAGGACAAGUUUUCUGACAGAAACUGGCAGUGAGAGUCUGCAGAGGUCAGAGGUAAGAACCAAAAUAGCACCUAUUAAGUUACAGUGUACACUGUACCAUGGUACAUGUAUAAAACUGAGGAUUUGUCAACAAAAAAUGCACCAUCUUCGACUCCAUGAAUUAAAUGUAACAAAGUGUCCUCUUGGAUUGGCAAAAAUUUUUAGCAUUUUUUUUUUCUGUUGGGGGGCUUUUUACUCUAAAAUGUUCAAAUGAGGAAGGCAGGGUGCUAGAACUAUUCUGUCUCUGUCUGAAGAUCUUUUGUUUUUGUUCCUAACUGUAAGACACAUUUUGGUACAAAUCUAUGUUUGUGUGAGGUUAUUUAUUUGAGGUCGUCAAAUACUAUGUAUUUUGAAAAGGGUUAAAAUCUUUCCAAAACAAUCACUGUCACAAAAAGAAAAUCACAGUCAGCUGGAAUCACUUCUUGUACGUCAUUAUACCACAAUGUGGGAAUGUAUGUUCAUCUGAAAGAUGAUAGGAGGAUAGGUGGAUAAAAACAGGAAAUGUGGCAGUUCAGUGUUCUCACUGUGGCUUGGUCACUGUAGCCACCAAAACCAUAAUCUUUAAUUCAGUGAGCUACAUGUAGGUGUUGCAUGACUGACAAACUCAUGAACAUGGUUUCUGGAUAAAAUACAGAAGACGAAAAUGAAUAAAAAAAUUACACUAACACUAGGAAAUGAUGAAAUACAGAAACACUAGCAAAAGAAACUUACAAACAUGUGUAGAGAUGUCCAGCUGGCUAAAUGAAAACCGAUAAAAGGAAAAACAAAUGCAAAUCUAAAUUCAAACAAAUGUGGCAAACACAUUAAUUGCACAUCCCACAACUGCCUGGUCCUGUGCCUAACCAAAAUACCGCUGAUUAAGUAAAACCAAAUAACCAUGCUUUAACAAACAAAAAAUAAUAAAUAAAAUAGAGGAAAAAACAGGAAAACAGAAACUAUAUGCAGUCACUUUACCUAAAAUGAGUAUCACAAAAAUUUAUCCUUAAAGUAUGCAUCAAGGACAUUAUGGAACGGUGCCUAUAGAUUUGCAUGAUGAUGCCUGCAAAAUCGCGGGUCGUGACAAGCCUUAGCUUGCGUGCUCACAAGGAUGCGAACUCAUGAUGACUUUGUUUCUAUCGGCGAGAUUCUGUAAUGAUUAUUAACCGCUUGCAAACCAAAGAGUCUCCAGGGUCUUUUCUUGGUGCAAUAAUGGCAGAGGCAGGUUGCUUAAGAUCAAAGCAAUUAACGAAGGUGGUUACCAAGGGCCAGAAACUCUCGUGAGCAUGUCACAAUCGGUUUGGAUUAUUCAGCCAUCAUUAGGUAGAGCAAUGCAAAACUUGUAAUAUUAUUUAUAACACUUACAUAAACACUCUAUAAUUGAGAAAGAAAUCUUCUUAGAAAACAAACAAUUCACAGGCAAAAUUGGAAUUAAGACAGUCCUUAAUUACGAACUGUAAAUAAUUAUGUAAUCAUUCACACUUUUAUAGAUACAAAAUAAAAAGGAAGGAGAAAACUAGAGCUGUGUGCACUGAGCUGUGCAGAUGCAUUUUGUUUGCUCCGAUCUUAAUUCACGAAUUCUUCUGUUAUCCUGAACCUUCAUAUUCUGAAAACCAUUCAGUAUGACGGGUAAUGACAAGCUACAAAAGGAAAAUAAAACUUUGCGAAAUGAAGUUAAGGAAUUAAAGGACAAACUAGAGAAAGUUUCCCGAUGACCCGUCAAAGAGUCAACUUGGCUGAUAGGCCGAACGUGUUAAUUAGAUCACUUAUUAUUUCAUAACUUCUGUGUUUUAUUUAUUUUUAGUUGCAAUCUGCAAGGCUUUCUAAUAGUUUAAGGUUUUCGCUUUUAUUAGAUAAUUGUGUUAUUCAUGUACUUGUCUUGCCCAGCCACAACUAGUUUUCCAGCUAUUUGUGGGGCAAACUAUUCAACUCUUUUAUUUUUGUAUAAAGAAUAAAGUUGUUGUUGUUGUUGUUGUUGUUGUAGUACUAGUUGCACUCACAUUCAUGUAGAAUUACAACACCAAAACCUUUAUAACUAGAAUGUCAGGACAUACAUGUACAGUCUGUAGGUAUACAUAAUAAUUAAUUAACCAAGCAACAUGCAAUGUUCAUUAUAAUUAUGUUCAUUUUUUUUAUCCCUUACAGAUAAUAUGGUACAUGGUGUAUAAAGUGAUCAGAAGAAUUAACUAA